AUGGAUAUCAAGAUUUUGUAUAUUCCAUGCUUAAUCUUCACCACAUUCUUCUUCAUUGCAAAUUCCAACGAUAAUUUUGAACAAAACCAAGAGCAAAAAUCUUUACUUUCCUUCAGAAACUCACUUCUAAAUUCAAACAAAAACAACAUUUUACCAACAUGGCACAACACAAAUGUUAUCACUUCACAUUGUCAGUUUGAAGGUGUUUUUUGUGACAAAAAUAAUCUUGUUUUUGAAAUAAAUCUUUCACAUUAUUUACUAAAAGGCACACUUCAUGACUCCAUAUUCUCACUUUCUAACCUCAUUGUUCUUGAUCUUUCUUUCAACCAAUUUUCCGGCAAGCUUCCCCGGGAAAUAUUCCAUCUUCGUCAACUCCAUGUACUAAACUUGGGCCAAAACCAGUUUUCCGGCGAAAUACCGCCGGAAAUUGGUAACUUGCUGGAGCUCCGGUCACUUAAUCUUGGACCAAAUUUUUUUAAUGGGCAUAUUCCAGAAAAUAUUGGUGAUUUGUUAAACCUUGAGUCUCUGGAUUUAUCUACAAACUUGCUCUCCGGGAAAAUUCCGCCGGAGAUCGGAAAUCUUGAAAAGCUCCGGUCACUUGGGCUAAGUAAUAAUAUUCUUUCUGGGUCUUUACCAAAUAGCAUUUUUAAAAAGCUUGUAAAUUUAGUGUUUUUAGAUGUUUCUAAUAAUACCCUUUCCGGCGAACUUCCGCCGGAGAUCGGAAUGUUGUCAAAUCUUAGUGACCUUUACAUUUCUCAUAACAAGUUUUCUGGUGAAAUUCCGUCGGAAAUUGGGGAUCUUGAAAAGUUGGGAAAUUUUUAUGCUGCUUGGUGUUAUAUUAAAGGCCCAUUACCAAAAAGUAUUUCAAAGCUAAAAUCUUUAACAAGACUUGAUCUUUCUUAUAAUCCGUUAAAUUGUCAAAUUCCAAAAGAAAUUGGAAUGUUGAAAAGUUUAACACUUUUGAACCUUGAGAAUUGUGGGCUAAAUGGGCCAAUUCCGAAAGAGGUUGGGAAUUGUUUGAAUUUAAAGACAUUGUUUCUUUCGUUUAAUUCGUUAUCUGGGUCGUUGCCAGAAGAGCUUUCCUGGCUCCCAAUGGUGUCGUUUUCGGCUAAUAAUAACGAGCUUUCAGGCCCGUUGCCGACCUGGGUUGGAAAGUGGGAUCAGGUUAAUUCGGUAUUGUUGUCGGGUAAUAGGUUUACGGGUCGGAUACCUAAAGAGUUUGGGAAUUGUUCAUUGCUUACUGCUGUUGGUUUAAGGAAUAAUUUGUUAACAGGGUCUAUCCCUAAAGAAAUAUGCAAUGCUGUUUCCUUGACUGAUAUUGACCUCAAGAGUAAUAUGCUUUCGGGUUCGAUUGGUGAUACGUUUAUGGGUUGUGGCAAUGUUUCUCAGUUAAUAUUGUCAGAUAACCGGAUUGUUGGGCCCAUACCGGGUUAUUUAUCCGGGCUCCCUUUGAUGGUUCUUGACCUUGAUUCUAAUAACUUGACUGGUUCCAUUCCGGUUAGCCUAUGGAGUUCAAUGAACCUGAUGGAAUUCUCUGCUUCAAAUAACAUGUUAGAGGGUAAUCUGGUUUCAGACAUUGGAAAGUCUGUAAUGUUGGAAAGCUUGAUGCUUAGCAACAAUCUAUUAACUGGAGAAAUCCCGAAAGAGAUUGGAAAACUCGGGUCACUUAAAGUUCUCGACUUGAAUUCUAAUCAAUUCAGUGGUUCCAUUCCUGUUGAACUUGGCAGCUGCAUUUCACUCACCACAUUAGACCUUGGUAAUAACAGGUUUAAUGGGUCCAUUCCUGAGGAAAUAUCUGGUUUACCCCAACUGCAAUGCUUGGUUCUUUCUAAUAAUGAGUUAUCCGGGUCGAUUCCGUCAUCAAGAAAGUCAAAGUAUUUCCAGCAAGCUAGCAUUCCAGAUUCAAGUUAUGUUCAGCACCAUGGGCUGUAUGAUCUUUCCAAUAAUCAGUUGACGGGUUUGAUUCCCGACGAGCUAGGAAAUUGUUUGGUUGUGGUGGAUCUUUUGCUCAAUGGAAACAUGCUUUACGGGGAUAUCCCGAAAUCUUUGGCUAGGUUAACCAACCUUACCACUUUGGAUUUAUCGGAAAAUCUGUUCUCAGGCAGUAUACCAGCGGAAUUAGGCAGUUCUUUGAAGCUUCAAGGAUUGUAUAUGGGGAAUAACAACCUCACUGGUGCCAUGCCAGACAAGCUUGGUGACCUCAAUGGUUUAGUCAAGCUUAAUCUGACUGGGAAUAAGCUUUCAGGCUCCAUACCUGGCACAUUUGGGGGUUUAAACGGGUUGACCCAUUUGGACUUGAGCAAUAACCAGCUGGAUGGCGAACUACCGUCUACCCUUCGAAAGAUGGCAAGUCUAGUUGGGUUUUUCAUUCAGCAAAACAAGAUUUCGGGUCAAAUAAAUGAGUUGUUUACAGAUUCAGUAGCAUGGCGGAUUGAGAUAUUGAAUCUGAGUACUAACUCGUUUACUGGUGCAUUGCCUCGAUCAUUAGGCAAUAUGUCAUUCCUGACUUCGUUGGAUAUCCAUGGGAAUGAGUUUACAGGGGAGAUUCCUUCUGAACUCGGGAAUCUAAUGGAGCUUGAGUACUUGGAUUUUUCAAAAAACAAGCUCUCAGGACGGAUACCCUCCAAAUUAUGCAGCAUUUUGAGUUUAAACUAUGUAAAUUUGGAGGGAAAUGGGCUAGAAGGCCCAGUUCCGAAGAACGGAAUCUGCAGCAACAUGUCAAGAAUUGCUUUAUCUGGGAAUAAAGAUUUGUGUGGCGGGAUCCUUGGGAUGGAAUGCCCUGUUCAAAGAUUUGAAAACAGAUCGAUAAUGAACAUUUGGGUACUGGCUUCAAUCGUGAUUGUGUCUCUAUUAGUCACGCUCUUUGCUAUUUCAAAAAUAUGGCUCAACAGAAUCAAGAAAAAAAACGAAUGUGAAGAUAACGCCGAUAGCAAGUUAAACAACAGCUCACUAGAUCAAAAUCUGUAUUUACUGAAUAGCAGCAGGUCAAAAGAACCAUUAAGCAUCAACAUUGCCAUGUUUGAACAACCCCUUUUGAAGUUGACUCUAGUUGACAUUCUAGAAGCCACAAAUAAUUUCUGUAAAUCCAACAUCGUUGGAGAUGGUGGAUUUGGAACCGUUUACAAAGCUCAAUUGCCAGAUGGCAAGAUUGUGGCAGUCAAGAAGUUGAACAAAACAAAAACACAGGGUCCACGAGAGUUCUUGGCAGAAAUGGAGACACUGGGCAAAGUUAAACAUCCAAAUCUUGUAUCCUUACUUGGUUAUUGCUCGUUUGGUGAUGAGAAACUGCUUGUUUAUGAGUAUAUGGUCAAUGGGAGUUUGGAUCUUUGGUUAAGAAACCGAACAGAGACCACAGGUUUGGGAAUCUUGGGUUGGACCAAACGGUUCAAGAUAGCAGUGGGUGCAGCUCGUGGGUUAGCCUUUCUUCACCAUGGGUUCAUUCCACAUAUUAUUCACAGAGAUAUUAAGGCGAGUAAUAUCCUACUUGAUGAAGAUUUUGAACCAAAGGUAGCUGACUUUGGGCUUGCCCGGUUAAUAAGUGCAUGCGAGACACAUGUGAGCACUGAUUUAGCCGGGACCUUUGGUUACAUUCCACCCGAAUAUAGUCAAAGCUGGCGAUCAACAACGAGGGGCGAUGUUUACAGCUAUGGUGUCAUCCUUCUUGAGUUAGCGACUGGAAAAGAGCCAACAGGGCCUGAGUUUAAAGACAUUGAAGGUGGGAAUCUAGCAGGUUGGGUUUGUCAAAAGAUUAAGAAAGGUCGGAUUGUUGACGUGCUGGAUCCAACGAUCGUGAAUGCGGAUUCAAAACAGGCAAUGAUAAAAACUGUUCAGAUUGCUGCCAUUUGCCUCUCAGAAAACCCUGCAAGUCGGCCUACCAUGCUUCAUGUUCUUAAGUUCUUGAAAGCAAUAAAAAACGAAUUCUUGUGAUGCUCUUCUUAGGAGUAACAAUGUAAAGAAGAGUAAAGAGUUGUAUAAUUAGGCUAUGCCAUUAAGUUGUAUGUUUUUUUUUUAAGCUUACCCAGAAGAUUAAUGAGAUUAAUGUUUCACUAAUUGUCUUAUAGUAGAACGUUAAACAUGUAACUUGUGUUUGUAAGGUGUACUUAUAUACUCGUAACAAU